AUGAAUAGUGCAACUCUCAAACCACUUGCCAAACAAUCUUUCUUCUUGGAUUUGAAAGGAUAUCAAUUGGAGUUGAAAUUGGCUAAGGAUCUAAAGCUUCUAGGUGGUAAACAAGAAACUUUUUUUAGUAAAGAUGUAUCAUUUGUUGUCUCGGACCGAAUUUCUGCAAACUGGAAUUCGUUUUCAUCUAAAAAUUCAUGGUCAAAUUGUGCUCGAGUGAGUUCUCACCUUUUUAAUGAAAGCGCUUGGGACUUUACUGAUUCUCCUACAAAUGUACCAACUUUAAAUCAAAAAUUUAAUUUUGCAACAUACAUGUCGAGAGGAUGGUCUUUGGUUGAAAAAUCGUGGGAAAAGGCUGAGAUUAAUCAUCAGAGUGUAAAGCGUGGUACAGCAGAUGUUCUUGAAAAUUGUAAACUAUGGAAUAUUAAAGUAUAUGAUGUUGAAACGGUUCUUUCGUGGGUGAAAAAAUACAAAAAUCUGUAUCGUAAGAUUUAUGCCGCUGAAAACUUGCAAAAUGUGUGUUGUCGUCCGAGUCUUAAAGAGGAGUGCUCAGAGGAAGGGGCAGCGUUGUAG